AUGCCUAGGGAAAUCAUCACGAUCCAAGCCGGCCAGUGCGGCAACAAUGUUGGUAGCCAGUUUUGGCAGCAGCUGUGCCAGGAGCAUGGAAUCAACCAAGAUGGAAACCUGGAGGAGUUUGCGACCGAGGGUGGAGAUCGUAAAGAUGUCUUCUUCUACCAGAGUGACGACACCCGAUACAUUCCCCGAGCGAUCCUCCUCGACUUAGAACCCAGAGUUCUCAAUAACAUCCAAUCUGGCCCUUACCGAAACAUCUACAACCCCGAGAACUUCUUCGUGGGACAGCAAGGUAUUGGUGCUGGUAACAAUUGGGGUGCCGGCUAUGCGGCGGGAGAAGGUGUGCAGGAGGAGAUUUUCGAUAUGAUCGACCGAGAAGCAGACGGAAGUGAUUCACUAGAGGGAUUCAUGUUAUUACACUCCAUUGCAGGAGGAACAGGUUCGGGAUUGGGCAGUUUUAUUCUGGAGCGCAUGAACGACCGAUUCCCCAAGAAACUCAUCCAGACAUACUCCGUCUUCCCCGACACGCAAUCGGCCGAUGUGGUUGUCAACCCUUACAACAGUCUGCUUGCCAUGCGGCGAUUGACACAAGAUGCCGACUCUGUCGUUGUCCUGGACAAUGGAGCUCUAUCAAGAAUUGUAGCCGAUCGACUUCAUGUUCAAGAGCCCUCUUUCCACCAAACUAACCAACUUGUUUCAACGGUCAUGUCGGCCUCCACAACUACUCUUCGAUACCCCGGCUACAUGCACAAUGACCUGGCAGGAAUCAUUGCCUCGCUGAUCCCUACGCCGCGCAGCCACUUCCUGCUCACCUCUUACACUCCAUUUACGGGUGACAAUAUCGAGCAGGCCAAGACCGUGCGCAAGACAACCGUCUUGGAUGUGAUGCGGCGUCUUUUGCAGCCAAAAAACCGCAUGGUCUCCAUCAACCCGAGCAAGGCCAGCUGCUACAUCAGUAUCCUCAACAUCAUUCAGGGUGAAGCCGAUCCGACCGACGUCCACAAGUCUCUGCUGCGCAUCCGAGAGCGUCGCCUUGCUUCAUUCAUCCCCUGGGGACCUGCCAGCAUUCAGGUGGCGCUCACGAAGAAGUCGCCAUACCUGCAGCACACCCAUCGAGUGAGCGGUCUCAUGUUAGCGAACCAUACCUCUGUCGCAACCCUUUUCAAGCGAAUUCUGCAGCAGUACGACCGUCUGCGCAAGCGCAAUGCAUUCCUAGAGCAGUACAAGAAGGAAGCACCCUUCUCGGACGGCCUAGGUGAAUUCGACGAAGCGCGAGCGGUAGUGAUGGACUUGGUGGGUGAGUACGAGGCCGCCGAGCGAGCCGACUAUCUGGACCCCGGUGCCGGAGAAAGGCAGGAGACCGGGGCAUGA